AUGUCCAUCUCUCCAUUCCGUAUAUCGCGCCAGGAACUGGCCAGCAUGGAGCGCAAUGAAGCGUUUAGGGCCAUGCGAGAACAGUUGCGACGCCAGGAAUGCGGCACAGAAGGGCCGAGCUUCUGUUCGGUGCACCAACACUCGUCCACCACCGCCCAAGACUCGUUCCGGCUGCAUCGUGACAUUAUCCACACUCUCCUCGUGCCACUCUUCCUGAUCAACCACCAGGCGGAACGUACCGCCGCACGCGCCCUGGCCAGCAAAAAGGGGGCCGAGCCCGAGCGCGCCUUCCGCGGCGAGGCCCGCAGCGCCUUUGCCUGGCUGCACUGCAUCCUGACCGAGGAGCACGACUGGUAUCUGACAGCCCGGUGCCCCGCUUGCAUCGUGCUACAUGUCUUGAACUCUGAACCCACCAUCCGCUUUGUGACCGUCGCGGCACAGCUGGCCGGUGCGCGCUCGGGUUUCGGCUGCUGGCUUGCUGCUCUCGAGACCGCGGUGCGCGAGGACCCUUUCUGGGGCGAUGCCUUUUGGCCCGACAUCGAAGACCGUGCCUCUCGCUUAACCGACGGUGUCCAGCAACUCGUGCGUCAGUGCCACGAGUUGCGCACCACUCUGGACAACCCCUCCUGUCCAAUCCCUUCUCUGGCUAAGACCCCCGCGCCCGUCGCUGCUCCGACCUGCACCAUCGCUCUCAACCCCUCGAGCUUUGCCCGCAAACAAGUCCGGCUCUCCCGCGAGGAGCAGCGCUAUCGAUCGUCGGUGGCGUGGAACUGCUCCCUCGAGAUGCGGCAGCCGAUGACUACCACCGGCACCACACAGUCCCGCCGACGAUCUCUGACCUCAUGA